UCAGUAUCAGCAAAGUUCAUGGCCAGACCAAAGCUUGGCUGCCGUAUAGCUCUAGCAGAGACUACAGGCAAAUGUCUUGAGCUUCUGAGCAGUUCUUGAGUAAUGAUAGGCCAGACUUCUCUCUGCUCUUUCUCGUGCAGCUCUUUCCACAGCAGUCUGACCCAAGGUUACACUGCCGCAAGGUUAUACAGGCCUUGAACAGGCAUACAAAGCCCAGUGAGAAGGGAAAGAGGUUGCAGAGCUUGUUAGUGUACUAAGGCCUAACAGCAUGGAUGUCACUGAAUUUGGGAUUCUGGAUAAAAACCAGCUAGAUGCCAUCAGACAAAAAGAGCAUGUGUGCAAUGUCAUAAAGAGAAUUGUGUGUUUAGUCUGAUGUAAACAGACAGCAGUCUGCAACUUGCUCCAGUUACCAAGAAUAAGUCAAGUAGCCACAGUUCAAUGAACAGCAGCUUUUAUUUCCCUAAAUUCAUCAUUCUUGAGUGAAUCAGAGAGAGGGCAGAACUACGAGCAAUGGUCACACAGAACCUGCAACAGAAAGAAACUCGGCUCAGGAAACAAGAAGUCUUGUAACUGACAUUCUAAGGAGGAUGGUCUUUCAAGACUUUCUGUCCACACAGUUCUCAAGCUUUGACUGAAUAAGGAAACCUGAGCAGUGUUUGCCUCAAAGACAGAACGGGUGUCAUUUUUGACUCACAGAACUACUGCUAGUGAUAAACACCUUUUCUGUUGAUUUUAUAGUAAGACUACAAUUUCUCCCGAGGAGAUGGGUGACCUACAAACAUAGGUAUUUUUUUUUGCUUUUCUCUCUUCCAAAGUGAUUCACAAAAUUACUAACGUUCUGCACUUUCACAUUGCUUUGUCAGGAACAACUAUCUUGCAUCCUGCUCUCCCUCUGCCACCGAUGUUUGUCCCAUAGAAAACAAGACAAUAUCGAUGAUGACAUCAGAAGCGCCAUCAUCCUUCAUAUAAGGUCAUAGGCACAAUUUUAAAAUUUUAUUGGAGACUUUGUUUUUUUCAGACUGGAGAUUAACCUGUUGAUAAUGUCUAAAAAGGUGAACAAUAUUUCUAUUGGCUCCUUCACAUAGUUCGUGCUAGCAUGUGAAUCUAUAUAUUUCCUCCUUUGUAGUCAUUUGUGAGACACCGAGAAGCCCAUGCAGAGUUUGGUCUAGGCAGUGCCUAAUAGAGUGAAAUUUCAUAUCUCUACGAUCAGGAUGACAACAAAAGGAUAUCUUUCUACUCCAGUGUUGUGGCUGCUUCUCCUCGCCAUUCAGGUCUCCCAGGGUGCUGAUGAAUUGAGGCUGUCAAAUGGAACUGGCCUCUGUUCUGGAAGAGUGGAAGUAAAACACGAGGAGCAGUGGGGAACUGUGUGUGAUGGUGACUGGACCAUAGAAGAUGCUGAGGUUGUUUGUAAGCAACUACAAUGUGGAUCUGCUGUUCAGGCCCUUAAUCGAGCUCCUUUUGGAGAAGGAUCUGGACCAACAUGGUUGUAUCGAGUCGAUUGCCGUGGUGAUGAAUCUGCUCUCUGGAACUGCUCACAUACAGGAUGGGGUUCUUUUACCUGCCCUCAUUAUUUUGAUACUGGAGUGAUCUGCUCAGGUUUCUCUCAACUGCGUUUGACUGGAGGGGACACUGCCUGCUCAGGACGUCUGGAAGUAAAGCAAGACCAAACUUGGGCUGCAGUCUGCUUUUCACAUAUUGAUUUCAAAACUGCCUCUGUUCUGUGCAAUGAGUUAGAGUGCGGCCAAGCUGUGGAUGUCCUGAGAGGAACCCACUUUGGAGACGGACAUGAACUGAUCUGGCAAGAAGAGUUUCACUGUGUAGGGAAUGAGACUCACCUUGCACACUGUCCCAGGAUGCUACAUCGUAGUAAGACGUGCUCUCAUGAUGCCACUGUUGUAUGUUCAGGCUAUGGUGGGUACAGGCUGGCAAAUGGCAGUACCACAUGUUCAGGGAGAGUAGAGCUUCUUCAUGGAGGUACGUGGGGAACUCUAUGUGACUACCUGUGGGAUUUACCCACUGCCAAUUCCCUCUGCCAUCAGCUGGACUGUGGAGUUGCCCUACUGAUACCAGACGGACAGUUCUUCGGGAAAGGAAACGCCUCUGUCUGGAAUGGCACAUUCAGCUGCAAGAAGAAUGGCUCACACCUGAGAAACUGCCCUGUGACUGUGCUAGGUCAUGAUGAAUGUCCUGCUGGAAAAGACGCUCGCGUGGUAUGUUCAGGGUGCCCAGGGGGCAGGCUGGUGAACGGCACCACAUGCUCUGGCAUAGUGGAGAUCCGCCAUGGAGACACAUGGGGAAGACUUUGCCACACCCACUGGAAUUUGAAAGCUGCCAAUGUUCUCUGUAAUCAGCUAAACUGUGGCUAUGCAAAGUCUAUCCAGACAGGAGACCGUUCUGUGGAUGGGAAUGGGCACGUAUGGAGAGAUGCUUUUCACUGUGAAGGGACAGAGUCCUGCCUGUGGGAUUGUGAUCAAGUGACUUUGGGCAAUCCAACCUGUUCAGCCAGAGAAGCAGCCACUGUUAUUUGCUCAGGUGUUGCUGAAUCACUCAGACUAUCAGGUGGUGAGAGUCACUGUGAUGGGCGAGUUGAGAUCUCACUCUAUGGUACGUGGAGUAGAGUCCUGGAUGAUGACUGGGAUAUUAAGGAUGCUCAUGUGGUAUGCAGACAGCUCCAAUGUGGAAUUGCCGAGAAAGCAUAUUACCUUCCAAGGUCUGAGCGAGGCUUUGGUCCUAUUGGCUUAAGAAGUGUCCAGUGUGCUGGAAAUGAGACUCAGCUGUUGCUCUGUAAGUCCUCUCAUACUCAUACAGAGCCAAGAGGAGUUGCUGAAGAUGUUGGUGUGAUUUGCUCAGGUAGCAGACAAAUCAGGCUGGUGAAUGGAACAAAGCGCUGUGCUGGGAGAGUAGAGCUUUAUAAUUACGGCAUCUGGGGCACCGUCUGUGAUGAUAACUGGGAUCUAUCGGAUGCUAAUGUUGUUUGCAAACAGCUGGGAUGUGGGCAAGCAAUCAAGGCAUUUGCCUCUGCUCAUUAUGGUGAAGGCUCAGGACAGAUCUGGCUGGAUGAUGUGAACUGCACUGGGGCUGAAUCUGAUCUCUGGGCAUGUUCUUCUAGGGCAUGGGGCCAGCACAACUGCCAACACAAAGAGGACGCUGGAGUCCUGUGCUCAGAGUUCCUGGCUCUGAGGCUGGUGGAUGGCAAUGAUUGUGCUGGGCGGCUAGAAGUUUUCUACAAUGGGACAUGGGGGAGCAUUUGCUCCAAUCGUAUGUCUCAAAUUACUGCAAUAACUGUAUGCAAACACCUGAACUGUGGAGAUGGUGGGGAAAUUGCAACAGACUUCAAAUAUGGCAGAGGUUCUGGACCCACAUGGCUGGACCACAUUGAGUGUACUGAGCAACAUAGCUCUCUCUGGCAUUGUCAGUCAGACCCUUGGCAUCCUCAGUCAUGUGAUAACCGAGCAGAAGAGACCCAUAUUUCUUGCACUGGAAGAAAAGAGGCAACAACUCCAGCCACAUUUGUUGAAUGUCCGAAUUCUACCAGCUGUUCAGAUAGGGAGAAGUUACGAGUCAUAGGAGGAGGCCAUGGAUGUUCAGGCAGAGUGGAGAUUUGGCACCAAGGUUCUUGGGGAACAGUCUGUGAUGAUUCCUGGGACAUGGCAGAUGCCGAUGUUGUAUGCAGGCAGCUGGGUUGUGGACCUGCUGUGUCUGCUCUGAGUGAAGCUGCCUUUGGGGAAGGGACUGGUCCCAUCUGGUUGGAGAAGGUGCACUGUAAAGGAACAGAGCUGUCUUUCUGGGAGUGUCCUGCCAAGCCCUUGUUCGGCAAAGCCUGUGAUCAUAAGGAAGAUGCUGCUGUGGAUUGCUCCGGUGUGACAGAAACAACAGCAUCACCCACUAGAGCAGAUCUUCCCCGUCGCCCUGCAACAGACACUACAAGAAUGUCAAUGCCUAUCAUCAUCUGCAUUAUCCUGGGGGCCCUUCUCUGCUUGGUCCUUGCCAUUCUUGCUGGACAGAUCCGAAGUGCCAGGGCACAGCAGAGAGGCUCAAGACUACCCUAUGACCCCUUCUCUGAGGCUGUCUAUGAAGAGAUCAACUACGACCUAAUGAGGGAAAAGCAGGGCAUGACUGGCCUCACAGAGGUCUCUCUGCUGCCUGGAAAUAACCUGGAAGAUGGUUAUGAUGAUGUGACAGAAGCUCCUGGACCUAAAGAUGCUUUUCGUUCUGAGAAGAAUGAACAUGAAAUCACUGCGAUCCCUGAAGAAAGUGACAGAAACAAGGAUUCACAGACAGACUGGAGUUCUAAUGUGUCAGGAAACAAGACUUCCAAAGCUGAGAGAGAUUCAUCCCCUGCAUUUGAAGAUACAGGCUAUGAUGACGUUGAAGAGCUGGGGCACUGAUUCAGACUGUACUGACCACUUUUGGAAAUACAAUUCUGUUCAUAAAAUGCUAAUAGGGUAAUAAGAGAACCAGAAAAACCUGUGUUUGGGAUUAGUUUAGCUAGGCUUCAUUUAUUUGCAGAGAAGUGAUUACAUACCUAGAAGAACAACAAGCAUGACUGUUAAGAAAAUAUUUUCUAUUUCCCUUAUAAUUUCUUGUUUCCAAGACUGCUUGGACAGUUUUUGCUUUUUAUUUCUAAACAUUUUCAUUGAAUUUUUUUUCUUCUGAGCCAGUUUUUCAACUCACGAUGUCUUCUUAUUAGAAGCUGUUUAAAGAGCUCAAAUUUAUUCUUCUAACAGACACACAGGGCAGCUUUCUGGAGGUUAUUAGGAAUGGAGACUGAACUGCAAGGAAAUCAUCAAGGUUCUGUUUCAUUGUUUGGGUAUUCUUGCUUGCAACACAGAAUGUGAAGACAAGAAUUCAUUUUCUAGAUAGUGCUUUGCAGAUGAGAAACUCAGCAAGAGUGUGCCAGUGAAAUUAUGUGUCUAAAAGUACAUACCUGUGAGAGUCACUAUAAUCUAGAUGAGACUCUCAUUUGUACAUAAAAACAACAGUUGUGCAGCCAUCAUAAUACAUGAAGAAAUGUGAGUUUGUCCCAGACAGGUGAGAAGACAGACAAAUUCUUUCCUAAACAAUCUCACUGAAUUCCUUAGCCCAACAGGACACCCUAUAACCCUGAGGCACAAGGGCUUGCAUUGAGAUGAACUGAAUACUUCUUAGUAUUCAGUCAGCAUCCUGCCAAAUCUGUGCUUCCCUGGAUGUCUCCCUCUCAGCACUGAAUGGAGCUUCCUAUGGAAUACUGUGAGAGCACAGGAGUGUUCUGUACUGCUGGUUCUGUGAAGCAUAGGAUGUUUCUAUCUGUGUAACUUUAUCCUUUCCAAGCUAGACUGGAAGUAAUGGGGAAAAAACUCAAAAGGAAAGACAAAUCUGGCAAAGACAAGGCACUUUGUUAAAAGAGAUCUUAAGGCAAAGCAACUGCCUUGACAUGUAGCUCCAGGCAAGAGUGGUAUACUUGUCUGAUUAAACCUUGGAUCACAUUCCAGCAGCCAUGUCUUUGAGAAAGGCAUUCUUCCUGAUUGCUUCUCCAGCAACAUCAGCAAGACUUGGCAGGCAUACUAUAGGAAUGCUGUGAGACACGGGAGGAGGGAAACGCAUACAUCCAUGUAAUUUAGCAGCAUCCCGCUAUCUUCUCCCUGCUCUUCCUCGCUCACUAACAGAAAAAUUAGGAAAGCACAAGCAGUGUUUGAAAGGAAUAGGAAAAGGCAGCAGAAACUGAUGGGGCAACCAAUUCUAUGCCAGAAAUUAUUGUAGUAGACUUUUUAUCCCUAUUCCUUUUUUAUCCUGUCUAUACAGGACAGGACUUUCUCUCCCUGGGUGCACCAGGCUGGGCUCUGGUCACCAGGCAGGAGGAAUCUGCUGAGCCUUGGAGAUGGCAACAACUGAUGUCAUUGGCAUGAUCCAGUCGAGCUGAGCACUCCCCAGGUGACUAUAUGUAAGGGUAUAUAAUCCUCAAUGUGGAAAGUGGAUUGAUGUUGGAAACGUGCCUACAGAGUUAAAUUUUGUAACCAAACCUCUGUAGCAUUACAGAGUGCAGUGAAUGGGACCUGCCCAAGGAAAUUUUUAAGAUAAUUGGACUAAUCGCAUUGAAAGCAUAUUAACAGAAUACAAGAAUAAUAAGAGAUGUUAAGUGGCUUAACUGUGGGGUCUACCAGGCAAAUUUUCUACUCUGAAAGCUGAAAAAACAGAUGCUUACAGAAGUGAAUAUAAGGAACACAUCACUUCAAAUUAUCAAAUCUGAAGCAAUAUUUGCUACUGAGCAGGAUGAAAACCAAAAGAAUCAGGCUAAGGUUGAGCCCAUUACAAAUCCAUCUUUAAAAUCUUUGAAAAAGUCAGGUGCAAAAGGAAAACACACAGCUACAAAAAUAUGGUCUCAAUUUACAGAGAGGUUUAAACUUUGUGGAGUCUGAUAGCAGAACUCUUGAGUAUUGCAUGCAAACUUCACCUACUUUCACAUGGUUUGAUCCCUCUAAUCAUCCCAUACCUACUUUUUG